AUGAGUUCAUUGUGGUUGUUAGUUCGUGCUCCAGGGGGUACUUUUGAUGUGAGGGUGGAUGACACUGAUAAGACCAAUUUGAUGGAGUUAAUUGAGUAUAUGUUUGAGGAUUCAGUGAAACAGAAUGUAUAUCUCCCUAAAUACUUCACCCUGUUUGUCACUAAACCUAGAACAAAUCGUAAGUUAGAGUUAGUUGAUGAUGGGGCAAUGUUAAAAAUGUGGGAGUGGAAUGAAGGGAAUAGUGAAAUUGAAGUGUUUAUAGAAGAGACAGAAACACCAUCCCUUGUGUUUCAGUCUGCAGAAGCUAGUUGGGCAAAAACUUUGAAGAACAGGGCUGAAAAUAUUAUGCUAAUGGAGGAAGAGAACAGAAGGAUGGCAGAGGAAGCAGAAGCUGAGGAGCAACUUUUGACCCAGCAGGCAUACUGUGGCUUGUUUGCUACCCCAGCAGCAGAUGAGGUUUUUCCAGGAGAUUCACAACCUCAAUCCUCACAACCUCAACCCUCACAACCUCAAUCCCCACAGCCUCAACCCUCACAACCUCAACCCUCACAACCUCAAUCCCCACAACCUCAACCCUCACAACCUCAACCCUCACAACCUCAAUCCUCACAACGUCAACCAUCUCAACCAAGUAACCCUCCAAGAAGGAAAAAGCUUACUCCAAAGAAGAAGAAAAUACCCCCUGCACAGUUAACCCAACAACAGCCUAGCCAAGCAACCCAACCCAAAGAACAAACCAGGCUUAAACCCAAAGAGAGGAGGGUGCCUAGAAGCACUGCUGUUAAGUUUGGCCUUGAUGUUGGCAAGAAAACUGCAGCAGGGAGACAUAUCAACACUAGGGGAAAGAAAACCCAAAGAGAGGUUGAAGAAAUUGAUGUUGAGUCUGAUGCCUGA